AUGCGCACCACGUUAGUGCUAUGCGCGUGCAGCGUCGCCACCGCGCUCGUGCCUGACGGCAGCGCCACACAACGAAUGAAACCGCAAAAGGUCGCGACGCUCGAACCGCCGCGCGUGGCGGCGCUGCCCAAGCUCCAAUCAUUGCCGCGGCCGGGCCUCGCCGCCGUAGAGGCCCAGCUCGCGCGUUUGACUCGGGACCCGCAAGAGCUCCUCGAGGCCGUCGUCGGUCUGCCGGGCCCGGAGACCUCGUACGACCGCGACACGUUGGUCGACUUUUGGGCGCGCAGACCGGAGAAGGUGGUCAAGCGGGUCUUUGAUUUCCUGAACGCGUUCCGACGGACGCGGAAGGCGUGGUCCGACGCGGACGGCGACCGCGGGAGUAUAUUAAGGGCCGAGCUCGCGCAUCUGGGGCCCGUGGCGGUCAAGCUCGGCCAGACGCUGUCGCAGCGCCCGGAUAUUCUGCCCGAGGACGUCUGCGAGGCGUUGAAGGGGCUCCAAACGCAGAACCUGCCCUUUCCCGACGACGAGGCCUUCCAGGUCAUCGCUGAAGAUUAUAACGCGCCCGGACCGCUCGCGCCGGGCCACCCCUUCGCCCACGGCGAUCCGAAUGCCAAACCGCUCUUCGCGGAGUUUGGCCACACGUCCGUCGCUGCGGCAUCGCUCGGCCAGGUCUACAAGGCCCGCACGUGGGACGGCCGCGACAUUGCGGUGAAGGUCCAGCGGCCCGACGCCAUGCGCCGCUGUUUGUUGGACGGCGCGGUCAUUAUUCUGGCUCUGAAAGCGCUUCAGGGCCGCUACUGGAACGGCGACCUUCUCGCGAUCUUCGACGAGACGGCGGGCGGCGUCAUCGAGGAAUUAGAUUUUAGAAGAGAGGCCCAGAACGCGAAGACGUUUGGUGAGUCCAUCGCCUGGCUUGGAUACGCGCGCGUACCGGAGACGCUGCCCGAGCUGACGACGCGGCGCGCCCUGGCCAUGGAGUGGAUCGAGGGGCGACACCUGCAAGAUUUGAAGCCCGAAGAAGCGGCGCGGAUGACUUAUAUGGCCGUUGAGGCCGUGACGGCUGGACUGUGUCUGACUGGAUUGGUUCAUGCCGAUCCUCACGAGGGGAACAUCAUGCUGGCGGACAACGGCGACCUGGUGUUCCUGGAUUUCGGCCUGAUGUCCCGCGUCGACGCGGAUAUCUGCGAAGCCUUUGCCGCCGGGAUCCAGUGCGUCCUCGCCAAGGAUUAUGUGGGUUUGGUCCAGGCUUUUCAGGACACGGGCUUCGUCGGGAGCCCGAUUAAUUGGCGCGCCAAGGACGGAGACGCCUGGCAGGACUACCAUCCUUCUGGUAAACCUCUGCCCGCGGUCAUGGCCGAGGAGGUCGAGCGGCGCAUGAGUGCGGCGCCCGAGACGGGGUCGCGCUUCGGCGCCUUGGCCGCGGUGCUGGGCGACAUGGGCUUUACCUGGUACAUGUUCACGCCGCCCUACAUCAUUUUACUGACGCGGACGUUCCUGACGCUGGAGGGGAUCGCCAACCAAGUCGACCCGGCUUUUAACGUGUAUGAGGUCGCGCUCCCGUGGGCGGUGCGCCGGGCCUUGGCGCCGUCUACCGUUAAAGGUGCCGCGACGCUGCGUUCGAGCAUCUUGACAGACGACGGCACGUUCCAGUGGGGGCGCGUCGACGACCUCGUCGCGGAGGCGACCGCCGACAAUUCGCCGGAACCGGCGCCGACGGCGGAGAUGGACGCGCCUAGCUCGGGCCGCGGCCGCCUCAUGGCGGCCGAAGCGGCCCAGGCGAAGCCCCAGUUCGAGGGAGCGGACGCCGCGGCCCAGGCCGUCCACGCGGCCAAGCCGGCCGACGCGCUGACGACGGUCCUGGGCUCGCCGGCGGGCUCCACGUUGCGGCGCGUCGCGCGCGACCUCGACUCGACUGAUCUGCUGAUCGGUCUGGCGCGCCGGCGGAACCGGCCGGCGCGACGUCUCGCCGUCGCGCGGCUAUCAGCCGCCAUCGACGCGUGGUGGACGAAAGAACCAGUAGCAGAGACAUCCGCGGUCGCGUGGCCGCGGAGCUCCGACGCGCUGCGCCGCGACGCGCGGCAACGAAAAUACGCGGGGCGGGUCGCGCGACUCCUCCUGCGCGGCCACGCCGGCCGCCAGCUGUCGGCGGGCACGCGCGGCCUGCGCGCGACGGCUGCCCUCGCGUGGGUGGCGGUGAGGGUAUCGGUUGACGCGGCGGCGCGCUCGCUCUGGCGAGGGGUCCGGUCCCUCGGGAGAUCUAAUGUGCAAACAUAA